UAAAACCUAAAGCCGCUUUCUAACAGUCGCAAACUCGCAUUAGCGCUUCGAAAUCCCAGGCAUGUUCCCCACAGCCGGCGGCCGCCGGCUCCUCGUCCUCAUCCGCCGCGCCUCCGCCGCCGCCGCGGCCGGCGCAAACCCUAACCACCACCACCACCACGCCACGCUUUUCACCCAUCGCUACUCUUCGUCCCCCCUAGCAAGAACCCCUGAGGCGGAAUCCGCCGCCGCGGCCUCCUACCUCGUCGCCUCCGUCGGCCUCUCCCCGGCCGCCGCCGCCAGGAUCUCCCGCAAGGCACGCUUCCGUUCCAACGCCGACGCCGAAGCCGUCGUCUCCCUCCUCCGCGGCCACGGCUUCUCCGACGCCAACAUCGCGCAGGUGCUCCCAAAAAUCCCGGGCCUCCUCAUCCUCAACCCGGACAAGAUCCUCCGGCCAAAGCUCGAGUACUUCGCCUCCCUCGGGGUGGUCCCCUCGGCACUGUCCCGCGCACCCCUCCUCGCGCGCAGCCUGGAGAAGCACCUCGUCCCGUGCGUCGAGUUCAUCCGCGGCGUCGUUGGCACCGACGCCAACCUCUGCGCGGCCAUCUCCCGGAACCCCUGGGCACUCUGGUGCGACAUUAACAGCAGCAUGCGCCCCGCCGUGGAAUCCCUUCGCCGCCACGGCCUCGCUGAGGCGAACAUCUCCAGGCUCGUCGUCAUCAAUCUCAGCGCUCUCACGAUGUCACCCGACCGCAUUGACGGGAUCUUUGGGGACCUGGAGGCGCUCGAGCUGCCCAUCUCGCAUUCGCGCUUCGUGUACGGCUUCUGGGCACUGUCCAGACUCAAGAGGGGGGCAUGGGAGGAACGGAUGUCCGUGUUCAUGAGAUUUGGGGUUUCCAGGAGCGAGUUGCUCAAGGCAUUCAGGGAGCAGCCCGGUAUACUAGUGUUCACAGCUAAAACUAUCCAGCGGAAGCUCAGUUUCUACCAGGAAAAGCUGAAGGUUGCACCGGCAGAUGUGAUUGCACAUCCUCUUCUCUUGACGUUCAGCUUGGAGAAGAACAUCAUACCUAAAUGUGCCGUGCUGAAUGUGCUAUUGAGGGAGGGGAAGAUUAAGAGAUAUGGGAGAGAGAUGGACUUGUUGAGACCCUUGCAGCGUAGCAAUAUAAGUUUCUUUGAGAGAUUUGUGAGGAAGUAUGAGGAAGAUGUGCCAGAUGUUGUAAAAGCGUACGAGGGGAAGAUUAAGUUCACGGGAUUCAUGGAUUAGGAUGUCAAUGUUUGAUUAUGCUGAGGCCAAGGCGCCAGCUUUCUAGGGUGUAUUCUCUGUAGCCUGUAGGUAAGGCUAAAAUUGUCGUCAAAUUAAUGCAUAUUGCUUCCUCCUUUUUUUUGAACUAACUAACAUCAUAUAAAUGAAAAUGGAGGUAAUACAUUUUUACAUUGUCUUGCCA